AUGUUUGAUCCAAUCGAUUCCGAUGCUAUAUAUGGUCCACUUGAUGAAAGUGAAGAAGCGGUAGCUGCUGCUAAUGAAUUAGCAGAAAAAAAUGACGACCCUGAUAUGCAAAUGUCCGAAACUGUUCAUAUACAAUUACUAGAUGAUUGUUAUAAUUGCUUUAAUGAUGGUAAAACAAAAAUUGAUUAUAUUCUUGUCUAUGAAGAUAAACGUACAACAACUACUGAUGAAUUAGUGAUUUCAUUAUCAACAACGAUGAAUAAUGAUGAAAAUGAAAAGUUGGCUCUUGCAUUACAAAAGCAAAAAGAUAGACGUCGUUUAUUUAAAAGAAGAUUUCUUAGUAAUUUAUCUAAAAUAGGUCUUUUAAUGGAAACUGAAGUUCGUGAAAGUGAUCGAAGUUUUGUUUAUUUUAUUAAAAUUCAUAUACCAUGGUUAUUACUGCUUAAAUAUGCUGAAGACUUGAAUUUUCGUGUACCAAUUCGAGCAGUUAAUAAUUAUAGUUGUAAAAUAAGAUUUGUUGAUCGUAUACUUCGUUUUUUACAUCUUUCACAUAAUCCAUUUUUAUCUGAAGCAUCUAAACGUUACUAUGAUUUAUUUACAUCUGUAUUUGAAAUAUCAAAACAAGAUCGUUUUAUGGGUAAUAAUCAUUUUCCUGUUCAUUUUACAAAUACUCAACGAAGUUUUGCUGUACAUGAAAUUUUACAAACAACACUAUUUGGUCGAAUAGAAAAAGGUGAAAUUGGUAUUGAUCGUUUAUUACGUGAAAGAGUAUUUCAAGCUGCUUAUCCAUUACAUGAAGGAGAUUAUAGAUUUAAUGCAACAGAACAACCAACACCAUUGAAUGAAAAUAAUCCACGAAGAAUUUUAUAUGACACAUGGGCACGUUAUAGAUUUUUUUAUAAAUAUCAACCAUUAGAUUUAAUUCGAGAAUAUUUUGGAGAAAAAAUCAGUCUUUAUUUUGCUUGGCUUGGUCUUUAUACAACUUGGCUUUUACCAACAUCAUUAAUCGGUGUAUUAGUCUUUUUUUUCGGCUUUAUUCAUUUAUCUAAUGAUGUACCUGCUUAUGAUGUUUGUACGAUUGGAAAGAAUAUUACAAUGUGUCCCAUUUGUGAUGCGUGUCCGUAUUGGAAUCUUUCGGAUAUAUGUUCAUAUGCACGUCUUGGUGUGUUUUUCGAUCAUCCAGGAACUGUCUUUUAUGCAAUAUUUAUGUCGUUCUGGGCGGUAACUUUUCUCAAACGUUGGAAACAGAAAAAUGCUGCAAUAACACAUCGAUGGGAUCUAAUGGAAUUUGAAGAAGAAGAAAAUCGACCUCGACCUGAGUUUGUAAUACGUUCAUCAACAGUUGAAAAAAAUCCUGUUACUGGAAUUCUUGAACCUUAUUUUCCAGCAGCAACUCGUCAAUAUCGUAUUUUAUCUGGUGUUAUGAUUCUUACUGUCAUGAUUUGUAUGGUUAUUAUAUUUAUCAUAGCAAUAAUUGUUUAUCGAAUAAUUAUUAGUAUUCCAUUAUUUCGAAGUCAAGAUUUACGACAAUAUGCACUUAGUGUUGCAUCGAUUAGUGGAGCUGUGAUUAAUUUAAUUAUUAUUAUGGUAUUAGGUCGAUUAUAUGAAAUUAUUGCUUAUAAAUUAACACAAUGGGAAAUGCAUCGUACACAAACGGAUUUUGAUAAUCAUUUUACAAUAAAAGUGUUUAUUUUUCAAUUUAUUAAUAUUUAUUCAUCUAUUUUUUAUAUAGCUUUUAUUAAAGGAAAAGCUGCUGGUUAUCCUGGACAUUAUGUGAAAAUAUUGAAUUUACGACAAGAAGAAAAUAUUUAUAGAAAAAUUCUUGCAUUAUAUCAACGAUGGCAAGUGUCAAUACCAAAAACUAAAUAUACAACUCAAUGGGAAGAUGAUUUUAAACAUAGUGAAUUUGGUGGUUUAUUCCAAGAAUAUCUUGAAAUGGUUUUACAAUUUGGUUUUAUAACAAUCUUUGUUGCUGCUUUUCCACUUGCUCCAUUAUUUGCAUUACUUAAUAAUUGGAUCGAAAUUCGACUCGAUGCAAAAAAACUUACUUGUGAAACAAGACGUCCAAUUGCUUUUCGUUCAUCAACAAUUGGUAUAUGGUUUAAUAUUCUGCAAGUUCUUGCUUAUUUAGCUAUUGUAGCUAAUGCUUUUCUAAUUGCAUUUACUUCAGAAUUUUUACCGAAAAUUCUUUAUCAAUAUACAGUUGAUCGAGAUUUAAAAGGUUAUACAUAUUUCACAUUAGCUAAAGCACCAGCAAAUACUACAUCAACAGAAUGCAUGUAUCGCGAUUUUCGAAAUCCAGAUGGUACUUUAACUGUAUUUUUUUGGAAAUUACUUGCUCUUCGAUUAUUUUUUGUGAUUUUAUUUGAACAUAUUGUUUUUGUUUUAUGUCGUUUAACGGAUGCUGUCAUUGAUGAUAUACCUGAAUCUCUUUCAAUUAAAAUUCGACGAGAAAAAUAUUUAGCUAAACGUGCUUUACAAAAUUCCAGUAGUUAUAAUCAAAUCUUCGAAGAACUUGAAGAUGAUCAUACAUCACGAUCAAAAUUGACUCGUUUUUUUCGAGCUGGUAGAUCAAAAACACCAGCUAUUACUUCGAUUGAUAUGCGACGAACAGAUUAA